AUGGAUCACCCCGUCGCAUUCAAACCGAGCCCGAAGAGAACCAGCAGCACCAACAACAGCAACAGGAGCAGAAAUCAUAACGGCACCAAAAAAACAUCUACGCAGUCACCUGGUUCUUCGCCCGUCCCUACACCCGCUUCUAGUCCUGGGGGUUUUAAUUUCAUCACCGUUGAUCCUUCCUCCCAGACGGAGAGCUCUUCGAGUCGCACGCUCAUCCGUGCUAACGCCGGUCGCUACAUUUGGAAACGCCGCAAGGCUGGCCCAUCUAGGGAGAAGGGUGGUAGAACUCAGCCAUAUGAGAUACCUGGUCCACAAAAAAACGAUCCUGCGAUAAAAUCCGAGGCGAAUUCACGGAUAGAGGAAGCAGAUGACGAUGUAGAGGAGCCAUCACAAGUGAAGAAGGAAGAAGAGCGCGUAGGACGAAAAGCUCUUGGUGUGCGAAUGAAUGAGAAUGCCCCUGUGGUUUUAAACACCCGCCGAAGAACAGGCCGCCGCCAAGAUUUGAUGUCAGGACUAAACAAUGGUUUGAGAAGUCCGAUAUUUACCAGCUUCGGAACCGAAGUCCCCGAGGAGAUCGUUAGACGGACCUUUAAAUAUUCGGCCUCUGUGGUUAUGGCAAAAAUGUUGCCAUCUGCCGCGAAUACCCACGACCCGAAUGUAUCUGAUGUCUGGUUGGCCUCGGCUAUGCGCAGUCCGGCUUUGCUAUCAGCAUUUAUAUACGGUACACUCAGCCAUGAGUUUGUGUUGGAUCGGAUGCAAAGUGGAGCGCCGUCAAAAGAACGUCGCCAAAAGAUGAUCCAAAUCAUGGUAGCGGAGAACGAGUCAAUCACCCGCAUUAACCAUGCAUUGCAAGAUUCAACGGCCCAGAAGACAGAUGAGCUUCUUAUGGCCGUCUUUCUCAUGGGCUACAGCCGAUACGAUGAAGCUGCCUUCGCUCCGGACCGAAAUCCGCACCGAUCGCCUUUAAGUGAUAUGCAGUGGGCCAAUAUAUACUCCUAUCUCGACUACGACGAAGUUCAUGUGAUGGGACUAAUCCGAUUACUUGAGAUACGAGGUGGAAUUGAUGCAAUUGAACUCCAUGGUCUACCCGAAAUGAUGUCUUUAGCUACAGUCAUGUUUUCAUCCAAAUUUCUCCGAAAACCACUCUUUCCAUUUAUCCCAAUCAUCAAAACGAAUGGUCCACGUAGCCAGCCCGACUGGCCACCGCCCAUUCAAUACCUACUGCGAAUGUAUACUGGGGGCGAAUUUCCCAAGCUAGCUGCCCUCGGAGCCCCUGAUGAAUUAGUCGACCUUUUUGCAGAUAUCUAUAGUUACAACGCGGUUGUCGAGUUGUACAUGCAGGGCAUUUUUGCCGGUUCUUUUGCCGGAUCAGACGCGCCAGUAAUGGCUGAUCGCCGGAAUUGGAUCCAACAUAGGGCCUUAUCUUUGGAUUCUGCUGAUGACCUUGAAAUUGCGGACACUAGUCCAGCGUACGAGGCCCUCCGGCUAGCCACCGUCAUCUACUGUCUCCUGACUAUCUUUCCUCUCGUACCAAUCAUGGCGCCUUAUGCCCAGCUGACGAAUAAAUUACGACAAGCGUUGUGUAACCAGUCGCGAGGCUGGAAGAAUUCGCCCGAAUAUCUUCUUUGGGUGUUGGUGGUUGGCGGCAUUGCUUCCACUCAGCCCGAAACAACGACAUGGUUUGCCGCCACUUUGAGCCAAGUCGCUGCUGUCACGAAGCUUUCUUCCUGGGACGAUGUCAAAAAUGUCAUCAAAUCGGUAUUAUGGUUAGGUGCCAUGUGUGAUGAUCGUGGGGAGGAGCUGUGGAAUAAGGCUGCCACUCUACGUCCCCAGGUCGAGCAUCACCGCCACCAACAACAGCAGCAGCAACGAUCACAUCAACAAAGCAAAACCUCCAGACGAAUGGAAGAAUCGGCAUGUUGA